GGUUGCGGUUGAGAAGUUUUAUAAUGUUUUCCGUUGGAAAAAUUGAACGGUAUCAACCGUUUGGAAUCCUGUGAACAUAAUUGAGGUUAUGUUCAGAUCGCAGCAGACGUGCAUCACGUUUUUCCUCGCAGGAUAAAGAAAACUUUAAAAACAUUCAUUAAUUAAACGUGAAAUCAUCAGAAAUUUGGAUUACACAUAGUGAACAUGGCGACGAUGGCGAACAACAAUGCUGCAUUGCCUCCCUUUACAUUUGGAAAGAGCCCGGAUGUAACUUUCAUCUUCUUGGCGGAUGGUGGAGAGAAGCUACAGGCAGAGAAACUCAAAUUGGCGCAGAUCAGCGAAGUUUUCAAUAUGCAGUUCUAUGGUGAAUUUGGCUGCAGUGAGGAAAUCACCAUAAAGGAUAUAACCUUUGAUACUUUCAAGACUACCAUGGAGUUCCUUUAUGGGAUUGAAAUUACGAUUACAGCGAAGAACUUCGAAGAGAUCCUCUACAUGGCUUCAAAGUACUUCAUCUUUGACCUUAUUGGGAAGGUAAUUGGGUUUGUUGAUACAUUUCUCAAUGAAAACAAUCUUUUGGAUCAUUAUGAAACCCUGGAGAAGUAUCAGAUCGAGAAAUUGAACCACAGGAUGCAGGAAAUUUGUGAGAAAUUUCCUCUCAAGAUUAUUGAGCGGCUCACUGACUCUAAAGUCCAUAUGGGCAUUCUAAAAAAGAUCUUGGAGUCUCCAAUUCUGAAUAUUGCCAAGGAAUACGAUCUAUAUGCUGCUGUGGCUGCCAUGAUGCAGAGGACAUCUCAAAAUGUAGUCAAAAUUGGAGAGGAAAUGAGGAAGAAGAUUGGAAAACUGAUUUAUUUUAUCAGAUUUCCUUUGAUGUCCGUGGAUGAAUUGAUUCUAUGCGGACAGGCUCCGUCCCUCUUGACUGACAGACAAUUUCUGGAUCUUCUCUAUUUGGUUAAAUCUGGCAAAUACAAUGAGUCAGUCCAGUUUUUUUCUAUGAAGCAGAGAUAUUAUCCUAAAGUGGAGAAUUGUUCACACUGCAAAAAGGGGGUAACCAAGAGGUAUUGCCAGGCUUGUGGAAAGUACUUUUAAAGGGUUUAAAGGCCUUAACUUGAUUCCAUCCUACCCAUGACGAAGAAGGGACAAAAACUUUUUCUGAUUCUUAAAUCAGAUAAUUAUUUUGUUUUUCAUGAAUUUAUAAAAAAAUCCUAACUUAUUCAUUCCCUAAUAUUUAAUUGAACUAUAUAGCCUUAUUUAUUGUUAAGGCUUCCUACAUGAAAUAAUGAUAUUUCUAUGUAUUUUCUUCGAAAUCAAUAAAUAUUAUUUUGAAA